AUGGAUAGAAGUUCCAUAGAUGAAAGAACAACUAGUGAUAAUUCUAUGUCGAUUGCGCCGAUGUCCACGUUAACGUUGCCGGUGACUAAGUCACCAGAAUGUUUGUGCCGUGUCGGAAGUGGCACAAGUGUGGUAAUAGAUGCUGAAAUCGGAGCCAAAACCGAGUCCGGCCGGAAGCUCCCAUCGUCGAGGUUCAAAGGUGUAGUCCCUCAGCCUAAUGGUAGGUGGGGGGCACAAAUCUACGAAAAGCACCAAAGAGUUUGGUUAGGCACUUUCAAUGAAGAAGAAGAAGCUGCGAGAGCGUAUGAUAUCGCGGCACAACGGUUUCGCGGUGGCGAUGCCGUCACGAACUUCAAACCAUUGUCUCAAACUAAGGAAGACGAAAUAGAAUCUAUCUUCUUGAAUGCACGUUCCAAGGCUGAGAUUGUCGACAUGCUUCGUAAACAUACAUACAGUGACGAGCUUGAGCAAAGCAAGAAAAGAAACUAUGGUGGCAUAGACGAGAAUGGCAACCGGGCUGCCGGCCUUUUCACCUCGUUUGGUGCCGAUAGAGCGCGAAAAGUCCGAGAACAGCUAUUCGAGAAGGCCGUAACGCCUAGCGAUGUAGGGAAGCUAAACCGGCUGGUUAUACCUAAGCAACAUGCAGAAAAGCACUUCCCUUUGCCAAGUGAAAACAAUUCCAAAGGUUUUUUGUUGAAUUUUGAAGAUAUGGGUGGAAAAGUGUGGAGAUUUCGAUAUUCUUAUUGGAAUAGUAGCCAAAGCUACGUCCUAACAAAGGGGUGGAGUAGGUUUGUGAAGGAAAAGGGCUUGCGGGCCGGUGACAUUGUGAGUUUUCAGCGUUCGAUCCAACUAGAUAAGCAGCUUUACAUCGAUUCGAAGGCAGGGAAUGGAUCGAUUGCUGGGAUAUCGAGCCAGCCAGUUCCAAUGGUAAGACUAUUUGGCGUAAACAUAUUCGAGGUACCAAGUAAUGGUAGUUGCUAUGGUAAUAAGAGGUUUAGAGAUUUGGAUGUUUUGACGUUAGAGUGCAGUAGCAAGAAACAAAGGGUUAUCAAUGCUUUGUAA